UUUCUCAAAAUUCUCCCAUUUUCGCUCAGUUUGCAACUUUUAAAACAAGUACCCGGAGGACAGAGGUCUGACGACAGAAAGGGCAGAAAUUGCACCAAAGGCCAUGCCCGUGUCAUCCAGCUUACAGGUUUUCGAAGAACCGCAGCCUCAGCGCUGUCGCACUGCAUUAACCUCACAGGCCACCAAGCACCAUGCUCUCCGUCCGUGCCCCGCUCGCCACGCUCGCAGACCAGCAGCAGCUGCAGCUGUCGCCGCUGAAGGGACUCAGCCUGGCUGACAAGGAGAACACGCCUCCGUCCCUCAGCGGGACUCGCGUGCUGGCCAGUAAGACCGCGCGGCGGAUCUUCCAGGAGCCCACCGAGCCGAAGAGUAAGGGAUUUGCGCCCAGCGUGGAGGAGGAACCACUGCUGAGAGAGAACCCCCGGCGCUUUGUCAUCUUCCCUAUCGAAUACCAUGACAUUUGGCAGAUGUAUAAGAAAGCCGAGGCCUCCUUUUGGACGGCAGAGGAGGUGGAUCUUUCCAAAGACAUUCAGCACUGGGAAGCCCUGAAGCCCGAGGAGAGAUACUUUAUAUCACACGUUCUGGCUUUCUUUGCCGCCAGCGAUGGCAUAGUCAAUGAGAAUUUGGUGGAGCGGUUCAGCCAAGAAGUUCAAAUCACAGAGGCUCGCUGUUUCUACGGCUUCCAGAUCGCCAUGGAAAACAUUCAUUCCGAAAUGUACAGUCUCCUCAUCGAUACUUAUAUCAAAGAUUCCAGAGAAAGGGAGUUCCUCUUCAAUGCCAUCGAGACCAUGCCCUGUGUGAAGAAGAAGGCGGACUGGGCCUUGCGCUGGAUUGGGGACAAAGAGGCCACUUAUGGGGAACGCGUGGUAGCCUUUGCUGCUGUGGAAGGCAUCUUUUUUUCUGGUUCUUUUGCGUCGAUCUUCUGGCUGAAGAAACGGGGACUCAUGCCCGGCCUCACCUUUUCCAAUGAACUCAUCAGCAGAGAUGAGGGCCUGCACUGUGACUUCGCCUGCCUGAUGUUCAAGCACCUGGUGCAUAGACCCUCAGAGCAGAGGGUGAAGGAGAUUAUCGUCAACGCCGUCAGAAUCGAGCAGGAGUUCCUCACGGAGGCCUUGCCAGUGAAGCUGAUUGGCAUGAACUGCGAGCUCAUGAAGCAGUACAUCGAGUUCGUGGCUGACAGGCUCAUGCUAGAGCUGGGCUUUGGCAAGGUUUUUCAAGUGGAAAAUCCAUUUGACUUCAUGGAGAAUAUUUCUCUGGAAGGGAAGACAAACUUCUUUGAGAAGAGGGUAGGCGAGUAUCAGAGGAUGGGAGUUAUGUCCAGCCCCACGGAGAAUUCUUUUACAUUGGAUGCUGACUUUUAGAAGAACUAGAGAAGCAUGCUUACUUUGCUGAUUUUUUUCCCCCCCUUUCAUCAUUUAAAAAAAAAAUCAGCUAAGGUAAAUGGCCCAGCUACACCAUGCAUGGUCAGCAGUGUUAGCAGCACUUGUAAAAGCUGUGUAGCUACCUCAGAAUCAAUCCUGUUUGUUAGCAGUGUGCAGUGUGUCACCCAGGGGAGGGACAUGGAAGCCCAGCCACCUGGGCUCUUUGCAAGAUCAAGUCUCACUUUGUGAGCAGCUGGCAGCCGCGACAGCACCUUAGCACUACAGCUUGGGGACCACAGGACUCGGCCCGGCCCUGGGGCAGUUACAGAUGUCGGCCUCACUGCUUCCUAGCAGGCUAAAGUGCAUCGAACUAGCGGUAAAUAAACUGGCACUUUACACACAGAUGCGAAGCGUACUAUCACGGGGAGAGCCUGACAUUUGAUUUCAACACCAAGCGAAAGAAAAGUGUUGCAUUUCCCACGAAUGGUAGCUCAAGUGACUAAAAGAAAGUAACCUUGUGUUCCUGGGCAUGUAAUUUGGAAGCUUUUUAAUGAAUUUGAAAUACCCUACUUUUGAAGUCAAUUUUGGGCAAAUCUCCAUGUACGUAGUACCCAGUGGAGAUAGGAUGUGAUUGCUCCUGAGACCAGCUCUCCUGAAAGUGGUGCUUAUUCCGAUUAUGUCAGAGAUUUGAUCUAUUUAUAGUUUCUCCAUUUAGUUUCUUUAAUUAAGACUUUUUUACAAUAUGCAUCCUUUUAGGUACUCCAGUAGUUCAUAUUUUGGAAAGUUUUGUCACCCAAUAUUAAUAAGAGAAAUACCUUAACAAGACAGGCAUCUCAGAGGUAUUGCUCACGGUGCUUCUCACACUAAGCACAUGUCACCUGGCAGGUUCUUGAGUGAGUAGCAAACCUGAGCUGUGAGCUGUCCCUACCUGCUCCAUUCAGAUAUGGUUUUAGAUGAAGCUUCAGACUAACACAGUUCCCAGUUACUAUUACUUAAUCCGCCUUUCUGUGGGAAGAGCCUCAAUGGCCAUGGGAAGGAGUGGAUGGGUGCUUGACAUCAAUCCUGUGAUGCCCCCAAAUUCGCCGCUUGUGUUGUCUAUGGGUUGGUGGUCAUUGGAACCCCAGCCAGGCUUCACUGAUUAUACCAUUGUAUUAGUCUAUCAAUUCUUGUAUUACAAGACCCAUUUCUGUCUUUUUAAGUUAUUCUUCCCUAAUGUGAAUAAACCCAAGUUGUAUGACCUGAUGCCUGUGUGGCACUAAAUGAAUGGCUGCCCUGCUUGUCACAAAGCUCAGACAUUGGCCUGCCCUGGCUCGAGCUGGAGGUGGGGUUUCCUGCCUAUGCUCCUGCUCCGGCCUCCUGCUCUCUGUAAGACAACACUUUCACGUAAGCCAUUGUGAAAUCUCUUCACAUUGAUUACUGCAUGAGUGUGGAGUAAUUAAAACUGUUCUUAUGUCA